GCAAUUGGCUGGCCCAAUAAAUUCCCCCUCUCCUUCCUCCCAUUUCCUAUCCCAGGCUAACUCAUAUUCCCACCACCACCACCAAUGCAAAAUCUCCAUAGCCCAACUGGAACUUCUCCUUCUCCUCUAUAUAAAUCCCUCCAAACGAAACAAAAUUAACUUACAAUUGCUCUUAAUAACCCCAUAAAGAAAAAAGAAAAAAAAAGCUUUCAGAUUCCCUCAUCACCAUGGGUCCUUUCUCUGCAACACCCUCAUCUGUUGGGCUCCUAUUCAUCAUCACCAUUUCUGCUGCAACGCUACUUUCUCUCCUCCCACUUGCUAGUUCCAUUCCCUUCAUUGUUCUCCAUGGGAUUGGAGAUGAGUGUAAGAGUGGGAAAGUGAGUCAUUUCACUCAAAUGGUGGCCAAUCUCUCUGGCUCGCCUGGUUUCUGCCUGGAAGUUGGAAAUGGGUACUGGGAUUCUUGGUUCGUGCCCAUGAAGAAGCAGGCAGAGAUGGUUUGCAACAAUGUGAAGACGAUCGAUGAGCUCAGCAACGGUUACAACAUAGUUGGACUCUCCCAGGGCAACUUAGUCAGUCGAGCCGUGAUAGAGUUCUGUGAAGAUGGUCCUCCCGUGAUGAACUACAUUUCGUUGGCUGGACCUCACGCAGGCAUUGCUUCCGUUCCCAUGUGUGGCAAUGGCACAUGGUGCGAAGUAGCUGAUGAACUCAUUAAGGCGGGCAUUUAUACUGAUUUUGUUCAGGAUCACUUGGCGCCAAGUGGGUACCUGAAGUUGCCUGAUGAUAUGUCUGCUUACUUGAGCAAAUCCAAGUUCCUCCCACAACUCAACAAUGAACAUCCUGAAGCUAGGAACCCAACAUUCAAGCAGAGAUUCAGCAGCUUGAAGAAUUUGGUGCUUAUAAUGUUUGAGGAAGAUGAAGUGAUUGUACCAAAGGAGACGGCCUGGUUCGGAUUUUAUCCCGACGGAGAGUUCAGCCCAGUUUUACCGGUGCAACAGACGAGGCUGUACCAAGAGGACUGGAUAGGGCUGAAGCAGAUGAAUGAGGAAGGAAGAGUACAAUUUGUGAAAGUGUCAGGAGGCCACCUUGGGAUUUCAGACAGUGACCUCAAGCAAUAUGUGAUCCCUCACUUGCUUCCUGCUGCUGCUCACUAAUUCAAUGCAAACAUCCCCCCAAGAUUCAAUACCUGACUGACACCAACAUCAUCAACUUUGGGGGAGAAUAAGCAGAAAAAAGCAACUGGAAGGAAGAACAUUGAUUGUUUGCAGUGAUUUUUCAUGGUUCAGCAAGAACUGGGGACCAUUUGAUUCUUACUAUGAUGAUGAUGAUGAUGGCAAUAGUUAAUGUUUGAAGAUUUCCCUUCCCUUGAAGUCACUCCUGCCAUUAUGUCGAGAAAAUUGCAAUUAUGGACAUGUGUAGCAAUUAGCAUAGAGGAAGAGAAUACAAUAAUCAGAGACCACAGUGAUCCUCUUUCAUUAUGUAUAAAAGGUAUAUGUAAUUAAUUUGUGUUUAUCAUAUUCCUAAUGAAAUCUUAUCGUUUAAAAUUAGCUGUGAAUUUAGAAAUUUGAGUGGGAGCAGCAGCGAUAAUCAAGCACAUGUGAUCAAUGACUUACCAACUUUUCUAACUUUCAAAAUUUGUAGAAGUUUACAUGUAUUGUUAAUUCUAAUAUGCAACUU